AUGGGGGCAGACACUGUUAUCCUCAACUCCCCGGGUUUGGUCGAGACAUUGAACUGGCACGUGUCGACGGUCUACGAUGAGCGCGUGGGAACAGCUUUCAACUUCAUAUACGAUGUGUUGCAGUUCUCGUCGGGGCGGGACAAGUUCUGUGCCCUGAUGCAGGGCUACUGCAAAUUCGCCAGCGAGGUGUUUUCCGAGCCAGACAGCGAGCGGCAUUGGAUGUACAGGGGCAUGGAGGACAGCCUCAGUGAUGGACGUAAAAUUUUCAGAUUGUUCAAAGAGUUCAGAGAAGUCUACAAGGUUCGUCGAGGGUGGAGUCGAUUCUCCCAGGGUGCGCAGGAACAUGGAACUUUGUCCGUUCCUGCAGCGUGUGGAGUUCUUGAUAUGCUUGGCCACACCUGCUCAUUCUUCUACUACCUAGGUGACAACCUUCUUUGGGCUGCCUCGGUUGGCCUCGUGCGCUCGAAAGAAGUUCCACAGAUGCAGCGGAGGAUGUGGAAGGGCUUCCGCAAGAACGGGGCCGUGUUGAGAGCUCUGGGAGGUGUCGCAAAUGUCAAGCGCAAGCGCAACUGGGCGUCCAUAUGGAGACUGAACUUUGCGAUCUGUGCCAAUUUGCUCCUGCUGCAGAAGGCCUUGCUUAGGCUCGGCCUUCGUCGUGUGGAAGAUCCAGAUGACGCCCGUCUUUUUCACAUGCUGGAUAUCCUUGGCAUGCUUGCCAGCUACAGAGUCCUCCUCUCGAAAUUAAAAAUCGCGAAAGCAUCCCAUGCGAGGCUGGGCCUGCUGUCGAUGCUGGCAGCGGCCUGCGGCAUCUGGAGCAAUUGGCGCAAGGUGCGGCGGAAGAACUGCGGCACCAAAACUUGGAUGGUCACAGACCUCAAGUCUGAGGCAUUGAUGGCAUGA